AUGGCCACGAUGCAGUCCAUUAUCACGACGGCCUACUCGGACCCUUCCGGGUACCAGCUAUCGUCUCUGCCCAGACCCGAGGUCAGCGAUCCUAGUGAUGUGGUUAUCCAGGUUCAUGCCGCCAGCAUCAACCCGAUUGAUGUGAAGAAAGCCGCCGGCGCCAUGAAGAUGGUCAUCAAGGACUCCUUUCCAUACAAGAUCGGAUACGACUGCGCCGGCGUCGUGCUGGCCGUCGGGGAAACCGUCACGCGAGUCAAAGUCGGCGACGACGUCUACAGCCGAUUGCCUGAGUCUCAUCGAGGAUCCUGGAGUCAGUUUGCGAAAUGCCCAGAGAGCUACGCGGCUCUCAAGCCGACAUCCCUGUCCUUUGAGGCCGCCGCAUCGCUUCCUCUCGCUGCCAUGACGGCCCUCCAGGCUCUCAAGAAGUACAACGGCUCGCUAGCCGGGAAGACGAGAUUGCACCUCAAAGUGAGCGGAACAGGUUCCUACGCCUGCCAACUGGCCAAGAACGUGUUUGGAGCAGGCAAGGUCAUUACCACCGUGUCGACGUCCAAGGUGGCCAGAGUCCCCGAGCUCCUUGGCCAAGGCGUCGUUGACGAGAUCAUCGAUUACACCCAGGCAAACCCUGCGACCAGCAUCCCCGCCAAGUCGGUAGACUUCAUGCUCGACACGACCGGCCAGGCCAUGGAGUUCCUGAGCCGCAUGGUCCCGGAAACAGGCCUCGUCGUUUCCAUUUCCACCACCCCGUCCGGCAAACAGAUGCAAGACGCGGCCGUCAUCACGUCGUCAAACUCGGGCAAGAUUCCGUUGGUGGCCUCAACAGUGCUGAACGCGCUGGAUUCGCUGCGCAAGUGGCGCGCGAGGCGGUGGCGAGUCAACUACGAGUACAUGCUUCUGGAUCCCAGCAGUGCGGACCUAGAUGCGCUGCGUGAGCACGUCGCCGCCGGAAAGCUGAAGCCUGUUGUAGGACUCACGGUCAAGUUUGAGGACAUUGAGGCUGUUAGGCAGGCCGCUAUGACUGCAUUCCAGGGAAAAGGCAGCAUCGGGAAGACUGUGAUUAAAAUGGACAUUCAGUGA